AUGUUUCGCGAGAUAGGGGUGGCUGUGGUCUCUGUCGUAUGCUUGCUCGCGGCCAUGGCGGCUGUGCCGUGCUUCUUCAUGGCGCGGGCGUUGUGGCGGGCGGCGUCGCGGGAGGCGGCGCUUCAAGGUGACCUCUUGAGGCAGAAGGAAGCGCUCCAGCAGGCAGAGCGCAAGAGCAUGAAUAAGAGCAACGCAUUCGCGUCCGCCAGCCACGACAUCCGCUCCUCGCUCGCCACCGUAGCCGGGCUCAUCAAUGUCUCACGGACAGAGGCGCGAGCAAACCCCAACCUCACCUACUACCUCGACCAGAUGGAGAUUGGCACCAAGAAGCUCUUUGAUAUACUUAACACGAUACUAGACAUAAGCAAGGUGGAGUCCGGGAAGAUGCAAUUGGAGGAGGUGCAGUUUAGCAUGGCCGACGUCCUUGAAGAAUCCAUGGACAUGGCAAACGUCGUUGGUAUGUCUAGAGGCGUCGAGGUGGUUUGGGACCCAUGCGACUUCUCUGUUCUUCGAUGUGAUGCCGUCAUUGGUGACUGCAAGCGGUUCAAACAGGUCCUCGAUAACCUUCUUGGUAAUGCCAUCAAGUUCACGCAUGACGGCCACAUCGUGCUCCGCGCGUGGGCCAACCACCCUAUUGCAAGGACUUCCAUGAUCAGCACCCCAUCUAGGUUCACUCCCCACUGGCGUGCGAGCGUGUUCUAUCGGUGGCUUCUCGGAACAAGGGAAGACGGUGCCGAGCAGAAUUCUCGCCGUUCAGUCCAAAACGAUCCCAACUACCUUGAGUUUUACUUCGAGGUGGUUGAUACAGGUAUUGGUAUACCAAAAGAAAAAAGGCAAUCGGUGUUUGAGAACUAUGUCCAGGUGAAGGAAGGGCAUGGUGGCACCGGCCUUGGGCUUGGGAUAGUCCAAUCUUUUGUUCGUCUGAUGGGUGGCGAGAUAAGCAUCAAGGACAAAGAGCCAGGAGAAGCGGGAACAUGCUUCGGGUUCAACGUCUUCCUCAGGAUCAGCGACGCUGAAGAGGACAUCGAGCAAGGGAGGAUAGCGCCGUCCCUAUUCAGGGAGCCUGGCUGCUUCAAGGGUGGGCAGUGCGUCAUCCUAGUCCACGGGGACGAGACCCGACGGAUCCUCCAGACAUGGAUGGAGAACAUCGGGAUGAAGGUAUGGCCUGUCCCGCGCGCCGAGCUCCUCGCCCCAACAAUGGAGAAGGCACGCGCCGCUGUGGGUGCCUCGCCAUCCAGGCCAGCGCCGAUCUCUUCGUCGCAGGGCGGCAAUGAUUACUUGGACGGUGUAGCUGACCGGUGCUUCAGCCCCAAAGAGAUGGUCACCCAGGUCCUGCGGAACAGCAGCGGCAACCACGCAGGGCACCUCCGUCCGUUUGGACUACUCGUCAUCGUUGACGUCUCCGGUGGGAGGCUCAACGAGAUCCUCCAGGAGGCGCCGAGCGUCGCGAGGAUCAAGCACCAAGUUCCAUGCAGGGUGGCGUGCAUUACUGACCUCAAGACCUCCUCCGAGGAUUUGAUAAGGUUCAAGGAGGCGGUGAUCUGUGACAUGGACCUGCGCAAGCCGAUCCACGGCUCCCGGCUACGCAAACUCCUCCAGGUCAUGAGAGAGCUCCAGGCCUCUCCGUUUUCGCAACAACAUUCACAUCAGGUUGGGAUCACCAUCAAUGAGCCACCGCCGGCUGAUCAACCCACUACCCCGUCGUCCGAAAUCACAUAUGCGGCCACUGCCGCGUCGUCUGAAACCACAUUUGCGGCGGCAGUGCCCCAGGAGCCGCUGAAGCUUGAAGAUGACAAACCUCUGGAAGGGAAGCGUGUCCUGCUAGUGGAAGACAUGAGGGUGUUGCGGUUUAUCGAAAAGAAAAUACUGAGCACUAUGGGUGCAACUGUUGUGGUAGCGGCGGAUGGAUCUGAGGCUGUGGUAAUGUUCAUCAAUGCUCUUGAGAUUGCAAGUGGUUGUGCUGCUUCAGAGGGACAGUUGGCCUUGCCCUACGAUGUGAUAUUCAUGGAUUGCCAGAUGCCGGUGAUGGAUGGCUACGAAGCGACAAUGCGCAUCCGCGACGAAGAAAGCCGUUACGGGAUCCACACCCCGAUCAUCGCGCUGACCGCGCACUCGGAGGAGGAGAAGGCCAUCCAAGCAGGGAUGGAUCUCCACCUAACUAAACCAAUACAAAAGGAAAAAGUUGUGGAGGUUGUUCAUCAGGUGUGGAAGGAAGAUAACUGACAAAUAAUGAAUGAUGAUGUUCGUUUCUCUGGUGGCAUCGAGGCGUGUGUCGUGAAUUAAUU